AUGCUGCUCGCGAGAAAUUUAUUCUUUUUCUUAUUCAUAUAUUUGGGAAAACUCGAGAUUCAAAUAAAUUUUCACCUGACAGAUUUCGAGGAUGAAAACAAUGACACGCAACAUGAUUGUCUGCAAGCUGCAGCUCGAGUCGAAGACAAAUAUGAUAUUCGUCAAAUAAUCUCCUAUUGUAUAGAUGACUGGCCGUCGAAAUUCAAUAUAACAGACACCGGUUUGGAUCCAAAAUUCAAUUUUUCGCAACUCUCAAAACGGAAUGUCACCACUGAACAAUUAUAUCUUUGGUCAGCACCGAUUGAUCUUAUUGAAGAGUAUCAGCUCUAUUUAAACCAACUUCCCAAUUCUGAUCGGACACUAUUGGCAAGCAAACUCUUCUACAAUUGUACCUUACCAUAUUUCGGUUCGAAAUGCCAAUACAAAUUAAUCACUACCUAUGUUAAUUAUACAUCAUUCAACGAAGUUGUUUACGAUUAUUAUUUUUUCAACAGAUAUAAGCCGACUGAAUUUACUUGCUAUAGUCAUUUAGAAUGCGAUCGUGGACCAUCGCCGGCAUGUCUUGAUUGGACAGAAAUUUGCGACGGCAAAAUCGAUUGUUUCAAUGAUGGAGUAGAUGAAAAAGAUUGUUGGCAAUUAAAAAUGCACCAAUGUGGAGAGAAUGAAUUUCGGUGUUCUUAUGGGCAGUGUGUACCUGUAGCAUUCGUUUUUGAUAAUCCAUUUACUCCUGAUUGUUUGGAUCGAUCUGAUGAAAUUCACGCAUCACUUGAAUAUUUAGAAAAAUUUGAAUUUGUCACUAACGAGCCCAUAUUUAAAUUCGAGGACGUUUCAUGUAGAUGGCUAUAUAAUACACGUAGUUCAAGUACACCCUUUCUUAGCAGCUCCUGUCUUUAUGAGCGUGAGAUGCUUCUGUCAAAAGCCAUGUUCUCAAUUAAGCCCAAUCUCUUGCAUGACGAGUGUUGGACAGCGAUGAAGUGUAUCAUACAGAUGCCAGAUUCAUUAUUGCCAACAUUGGCAAAUUAUUUUCAACCUCCAAGAACGAAUUGUACAAUGCUUUGCAGAAAUGGUUUCUGCGAUGCAAUGGUUCAGAAACAUUGCCCAGAUGUGAUGUACGUUCCUGCAUAUCCGAUUUUUAAUGGUCAUGGCUAUAUAGGAUAUGCUAAAACUGAAACAAACUAUAGACAGCACCCGCUUAAACCUACGUACAUUUGUUUUGACAGCAGUCGUUUUCACAUACCCAAUGACGGCAAAACACUGUUCAUAUCUGAUAAUAGAACUUGCCGUCUUUAUGAAGAUGCUAUCGUUAAUUCGUAUUAUAGGUUUGAAGUUAGAUGGUUACAACGAUACGUUUUGCUUGCUGAAAGGUGGUUGAAUAGAGUGGCACGGCCAAAUUACAAUGCAUCGUCGAUCUUUAGCGAAUCAAGUACCUAUCAAUGUGCAAAUUCAGAAAAGCGAAUUUUAAAAACUCAAGUUUUAGACGGAAUAUCCGACUGCUAUUAUGCAGACGAUGAAAAUUCAUCGAAACUCCAAGACACGCAUUUCAUGAAGCAAUUACCUAAUGCGUUUAAAUGUCCAGGGACCGACCAAUACGUUCCCGCUCGUCAAGUGAACGAUGGAUACAAAUGCGACUGUCAGACAUCUGAUAAUACCUUCUGUGCUGAUGAAAUGUCCGAUCGAUUUUACUUUCGAAAGAAAAUUUCAUUUCAGACUAUUUGCGACAACGAGGAACAUUUGCUUUGGCGCCCUACGAACGAUAGUCAAGAAACGGACGAAACAAAUUGCGAAUAUUGGCCACUGGUUCAUGUAUAUAAUCGUUGUGACGGAUUCUGGCAUUUUCCCAACGGCUCCGAUGAAGUCGAUUGUGAUCCAUUAUUGAUAUCGCUUUUAAAUUGUUCAAAAAAUUCUCAUAUCUGUAUAUCAAUUCAAACGAAAAGUUUAACUUGUCUACCUAUUGAGAAAGCGAAUGAUGGUGUUAUUGAUUGUAUCGGAGCUGCAGACGAGCCCAGCUUUUGUGAUCGGAGGUAUCAAACUUAUGGUUCCAGCCCGUUUUACUGUAGCGCCAACAAAGAAUCUUCCUGUAUUCAAGGCAAUUCACUAUGUAAUGGCAUUUUCGACUGUCCUGACGGAGAAGAUGAGAACGCUUGCAGUAGAGAUGAUGUGAAAUAUCCGACAGUCGAGUCCGGCAUUUGUACAUUAAAUUAUCGUUUACAUGGCUCUGUCUUCGCAAAAGUGCUUUGCAGACUAUUUUACAAUACAGGAAAGAGAUCGGAAGCAUAUUUUACAUUCGAUUCAAAUUCGAAUACUCCCAAACAACCGCUUUUUUAUAAAAGUGAUAUAGCAGAAAUUCUUCCCUCUUACCGUCCCGAGAAAUUCCGCUUCUAUCAACAGCGUUGUCAUCGUGGUUUUCCGUUACAAAUCUCCUUCAAUAAAGACACAAAUUUAACACGUGACGUUUGUCUUUGUCCACCGAGUUUUUAUGGCAAUACUUGCCAAUAUCAAAAUCAGCGAAUUAGUAUUACUUUACAGUUUCGUGCACCUUCGAAUUCAUCGGAAACUCCAUUCCUUUUCGUUGUUUCAUUGAUCGACGAUAGCGAUGAACGACUUAUUCACUCGUUUCAUCAAUUUACUUACUUAUUUGCAAAAAAUUGCCAACGAAAAUUUAAUCUCUACCUGUUAUAUUCAACUCGGCCGAAAAAUAUGCAUAGGCAAUAUUCUAUACAGAUCCACAUUUAUGAACAAAUCACAUUAAACUAUCGAGGAAGCUUUCUUAAAUCAGUCAAUUAUACGUUCUUACCUGUUCAUCGACUCGCUUUUCAAUUGGAUAUUCCACAUAGUAAUGAUAUUAUUGAGACUUGUGUCGACCAACAAUGUCUUCAUGGCAAAUGUAUAAAAUAUUUUAACGAUUUGAACCGUACAUCCUUUUGUCAAUGUUAUGAAGGAUGGUCCGGGCGAUAUUGUCAUAUUCAGUAUAAAUGUUUAUGCUCAUCCAGAUCAUUGUGUCUUGGUAAAAUAGCCAAUAAUCGAUCGUUAUGCGUUUGUCCGAUAACUAAAAUCGGCCCUCGAUGUUUAAUUCCAGAUUACAUAUGUCAAAGUCAACCGUGUAUGAAUGGUGGCACAUGUGUGCGCACUGAUGAAGCUGAUUUGUCGCCAGAUAAUAGAUUUAUCUGUAUUUGCCCGAAAAAUUUCUUUGGUGUACGAUGUGAACUAGCUCGAACGAAACUUUUGAUAUCAUAUGAUGAAAGUCUCGAUCCGCAUUUAGUGAUAUUCAUCCAUUUUAUCGAAGUACAGAUUAACAAUUUCCCUAUACGAACAACUACAUUCAAACGAAUCCUUUUGGGACAAAAUUUCAUCUCGAUUUACUGGUCAUUUCCUUUUCACGUUGUGCUUGUCGAAUUGCCCAAUCAACGAUAUUAUUUAGCUCUAAUGCAAAAGAAGUACACAUAUCAACGAAUCAUCGAAAAAACGUUAGCUUCAUCCGAUCGAUGUUUGUCAGUAAAUGCUCUGUUUAACGAAACAUUUCGUAAUUACCAUUUACUUCGUCGUAUAAAAUAUUAUCACAUACCAUGUCAGACAAAUUCGUCAUUGACAUGUUUUUACGAUGACCAACAAUUUUGUUUCUGUCAACAGCUUGAUGAACAACGUGUAGCGAAUUGCUUUGAUUUCGAUCGUCAUUCGCGUACAACCUGUGCGAGACAAAAUGAUUGUGAAAACGGAGGAAAUUGUUAUGAAGAAAACUCAAAAUGUCCCAAAUAUUUCCUAUGUGAAUGUACCGAAUGUUAUUACGGAGUGCGAUGUCAGUUGACAACGAAUGGUUUCAGUCUUUCACUCGACGCUAUUCUCGGCUUUUACAUUCACCCAAAAAUCAAUCUUUUCAAGCAGUCAGGCGCAGUUCUGAUAAGUAUAAUUGUUAGUACAGUUUUGAUCAUUGUCGGACUGGUUAAUGGUGCUUUGUCUUCGAUAACAUUUAAAAGUAAGAAACUUUUGGAAUCUGGUUGUGCAAUUUAUCUAUUAAAUUCGUCAAUAAUUGUUUUACUGACCAUGAUUAUAUUCACCUUCAAGUUUUGGAUACUUAUACUCACACAAAUCGAAACGAUCCGGAAUAAAUCUUUUUUAAAAAUUGAAUGUAUUUGUAUUGAUUUUAUUCUUCGAUCAUGUUUAGCAAUGGAUCAAUGGUUAACUUCCUUUGUGUCAAUCGAAAGAGCAUUUGUUACAAUCAAAGGCGUUAGUUUUAAUCAGAAACAGGCGCAAGUAGCGGCAAAAUAUGUCGUCUGUGUUCUAUUUUUUCUGAUAAUUUCAACGAAUAUUCACGAUCCCAUUCAUCGAAGUUUAUAUGAAGAAAACGAAGAUGACGAAAAACGGUUUUGGUGUAUUUGA